AUGUCGCAAGGACAAGCAAGAAGAAUGGGAAGCUUGCUCCCGGUCGCCCUCCUAGGGCUAGGGAUCCUCCUCCAGCUCGCUGGCUGCAGCCCUCCGCCGGACCCGGUGGUGUGCACGCACGGCACGUCCAACUGCACCAUCACCAACACGUACGGCUUCUUCCUCUGCCCCGCGGCCAACGUCACCUACCCGCGGACCGAGCAAGAGCUCGUCGCGGCCGUGGCGGCCGUGGCGUCCGCGAAACGGAAGGUGAAAGUGGCCACCAAGCACUCGCACAGCAUCCCCAAGCUCGCGUGCCCCGGCGGCCGCGACGGCACGAUCAUAAGCACCGCGCGGCUGAACCGGACGGUGCGCGUCGAUGCCGAGAAGCGGCUCAUGACGGUGGAGAGCGGCAUGCUACUCCGGGACCUCAUCGAGGCCGCCGCCGCCGAGGGCCUGUCGUUGCCGCAUUCACCGUACUGGUCCGGCCUGACCAUCGGCGGGCUCCUGGCGACGGGCGCGCACGGGAGCUCGCUGUGGGGCAAGGGAGGCGCUGUUCACGAGUACGUGGUCGGGCUGAGGAUCGUGACGCCGGCGCCGGCCGGCCGGGGGUUCGCCGUGGUGAGGGAGCUUGGCGCCCAUCACCCGGACCUGGACGCCACCAAGGUCUCCAUUGGCGUCCUGGGCGUCAUCUCUCAGGUAACUCUGGCCUUGCAGCCGCUGUUCAAGCGGUCGGUGACGUUCGUGAAGCGGGACGACUCAGACUUCGCGGACCAGGUGGCCACGUGGGGCCGCCUCCACGAGUUCGCCGACAUGCUAUGGCUGCCGCAGCAGGGCAAGGUCGUCUACCGCCAGGACGACCGCGUCGACGUCUCCACGCCGGGCGACGGCCUCAACGACAUGCUCCUUUUCCGCGCCAAUCCCACCCGGGCGACCAUCGCUGCAAGAGCCGCCGAGGAGCUGCUGCAGGAGAACGGCACCGACACCGCCCGGUGCGCGGCGGCGCGGCUGCAGGCGGACACGCUGGAGAGGCUGGCCUACGGCUUCACCAACGACGGCGUCUCCUUCACGGGGUACCCGGUGGUGGGGUACCAGCACCGCAUCCAGGCGUCCGGCACAUGCGCAGACAGCCCGGAGGACGGCCUCCGCUCCGCCUGCGGCUGGGACCCGCGCAUCCCAGGUUCUUUCAACGACAACUCCGGCUUUAGCGUCGCCCUCUCCAAGGCGCCGGCGUUCAUCGUCGACAUGCAGCGCCUCCGGGAUCUCAACCCUGCCGUGUUUUGUGCUGGCGUCGACCCUAGGAUAGGCGUGGCCUUCCGCUACAUCAAGGCAUCCUCCGCCUACCUCGGCAAGGCCGAGGACUCCAUCGCCAUCGACAUCAUCUACUACCGUAGCCACGCCGACGGGAUGCCACGCGUGCACGCCGACGUGGUGGACGAGAUCGAGCAGAUGGCACUACACAAGUACGGUGCCCUGCCGCACUGGGGCAAAAACCGCAACAUCGCUUUCGACGGUGCCAUCUCAAAGUACCCAAAAGCCCACGAGUUCCUGAUGGUGAAGGACAGGUACGACCCUGACGGACUCUUCUCAAGCGAGUGGAGCGACCAGGUGCUCGGCGUCAAUGAGAGUCCCAAUAUCAUGAAGGAGCAUUGUGCCAUCGAAGGAAACUGCGUCUGCUCCGAGGACUCGUACUGCGCGCCGGAGCAGGGCUACUUCUGCCGACCAGGGAAGGUGUACGCGAAGGCUAGAGUUUGUUCAUUUGGCAAGGAUGAUUAG